AGACGGGAAAAGAGGGCCUUUAUGAUGAAAUAAAACUCGAAACUGCAAGUUUAUAUAUGUACUUUAUUUUUUUCUUUUAAUUUCAAGUUUGCUUUCUUCCCAUCUCAUGGGAUAUGUUCUAGUUCUAUAUUUCUACCCUUACCAUUUGGUCUUUUAAGUACACUAAGCUUAUCCAUUUUUAGGGGUUUUGUAUUAAUCGAAAUAGAAGAUUAGAAAAACAGAACAUUGUGUUAGAUAAAAUAGUCUUAUAAUAUUUCUGAACCAGCUUCCGCUUCUGAGUUUUGAGUACUUUCAAGGAUCAAAUUUGCUUCUUUUUUUUUUUGUGAACCACUGAUCAAAUUUGCUUCUUCUUUUUCCUUUAUAUCAAAAUUGAAACAUUAGGUAAAUUAUCCAAAGUUGUGUUCAAAAAAAAAAGAAGAAGGUAAUUAUCCAAUUAUGUUUGUAAUUUCUCGUUAAUAGAAGUGAUUUCUUGUUAGGUUUGUGUUCAAAGUUGCAUAUUUUUUUCUUCAUGUGUGUGCAAAAUUAAAGUUAAAUCGAGUUUUAUUUUGUCAUCAGUUAAAUCGAGCUAUAAAUUUAUGGGUUUCUUGUUUCAUAGUUGAUCUUACUGUUUUUUUCCCUUAAAUCUCGUUGUCAACUUAGAUUAACAAAUACCAAAAGGAGAAAUCUUGAGAUUGUUGUGUCUCUGUGUGUGUUUCUUCUUAUAGUAAGUGAAGAAAAAUACAAUCUUUGAAUGGAUUGGAACUUCAAACUCAGCUCCGGUUAUUUCUCCGAAUUCGACCAAGAAUCUGUACCGGAUAUAGCUCCAAUCGAUGGCUCAAUCUCGUUUGGUGGGUCAUCAUCACCAAGAUUGCAGCCAGAAGGAGAUUUCUCAUUCGAUCUGAAACUUGGAAGAAACAUUGGAAACUCCUCCUCCUCUGCUUAUGGUAAUACAGAGCAAGUGCCAAGUCUUUGUAAGUGGAAAGAGAGUAAAAUGGCAAAACCAAGAAGCUCUGGUUCGUCAAAGAGGAAAAGAGGGAAUGCUAUUGGGAACAGCCAGAUCCCGAUUUGUCUUGUUGAUGGAUGCGAUUCUGAUUUUAGUAACUGUAGAGAGUACCAUAAGAGACAUAAGGUCUGUGAGGUUCACUCAAAAACUCCUGUGGUUACAAUCAACGGCCAUAAACAGAGGUUUUGCCAACAAUGCAGCAGGUUUCAUGCUUUGGAAGAGUUUGAUGAAGGCAAGAGAAGUUGUAGGAAACGUCUUGAUGGACACAAUCGAAGAAGACGGAAGCCUCAGCCCGACCAUAUCUCUCGUCCUGCAAACUUCUUUGCCGGUUUCCAAGGUAGCAAAAUGUUGGAAUUUUCCAGCUCUUCGUAUGUGUUUCCAACUACAUCUGUUGCGAGCCCGAGCUGGGGAAAUGGUCUUGUGAGCGUAGCUAUGGCCAACGGUUCGAGUAACGGGCAGAACCAGGGAGUUUCUGGUUCCUCUCCUGCAAAGACAGGCAUAAUGUUCCCAAUAUCUUCUUCUUCAAGCAGCAGAAGGAAACUAUUACCCUCCUUGCAAGAACAAGAGAGCUCAAGAACAGCACCGUUGUGUGAGAGAAUGACGAGUUGCAUCCAUGACUCUGAUUGUGCUCUCUCUCUUCUGUCAUCCUCUUCCUCUUCGGUCCCUCAUUUGCUUCAGCCGCCACUUUCUUUGUACCAGGAAGCAGCAGAGACGGGUUUUUAUGGGUUGGGAUUGUUUGAGAAUGCGACUGCAGUCUCGGAUGGAUCGGUUAUAUCCAGUAUUGAGGCUGUGGCUCUUCCACAAACGUUCCCAUUUCACUGGGAGUAGUAGAAGAAGAAAAAGAAAAAG